AUGUGUUACUGGCGGCUGAGAGGACGGUGUUCGUCUUCUUGUGCCCUGCCCACUGGUCGGAUUCACAUCGCAGGCAUAGCCAUCCCAGCGAUCACAGAGAAGCCAGUCAAGAGUUUGGGUAAGGUUUUUGACAGCUCUCUGAGCGAUACAACAUCUAUUCAGUUAACUUGUGCUGAGCUGGGGGGUGGGGGGUGGGGGGGUCUACCUGGAAAGUUCAAAGCCUGGGUCUACAAGCAUGGCGUCCUUCCCAGGAUCCUGUGGCACCGCCUCGCCUAUGCUGUCCCAAUCUCUACAGUUGAGACCUUAGAGAGGAAGGUCAGCCACCACCUUCGGAGAUGGCUCGGGUUACCAAAGAGCCUGAGCAGCAUCGCACUCUGUGGGCGUAACAACAAAUUGCAGCUGCCCAUCAAGUCCUUGGAAGAGGAAUUUAAGGUUACAAGAGCUAGAGAAGUGAUGCAGUACAGGGAUUCUGGUGAUCCGAAGUGGAGGGCGGAGGAAGCUGUCCAAGAGGCUGAGGGAAGACUGCAUCACAGGAGCCUGGUGGGAGUGGUCACAAGAGGCAGAGCCGGGGUAGGAUCCUUUCCAACUCCCCAACUGAACACCAGAGGGAAGGAAAGGCGGCGCCUUGUUCAAGAGGAAGUGAGAGCAGCUGUGGAGGAGGUAAGAUUAUGCAAGGCAGUGGGAAUGAGGCAACAGGGGGCUUGGACAGGAUGGGAGAACGCGGUUGAGAGGAAAGUGACCUGGACUGAGAUUUGGAAAGCCGAGCCUCACCACAUUAAGUUCCUCAUCGAAGCGGUGUAUGAUGUGCUUCCAAGCCCAUCUAACCUGCACACAUGGGGCAUAGCAGAAACACCAGCAUGUCCUUUGUGUUCUAAGAGAGGUACCCUAGAGCACAUCCUCAGCUGCUGUACGAUGGCACUUGGAGAAGGACGAUACCGAUGGAGGCAUGACCAAGUCCUUAAGCCCAUUGCGGAAGCCAUCAGCACUGGACUUGUGUUGGCAAAGCAGUUUCAUCCCUCCAAGAAAACCAUGGCCUUCGUUAGAGCUGGGGAGCAGGCAGCCCCGGUCAAAAGAUCACCGGCAGGCAUCUUGACUUUUGCUGGAGACUGGCAGCUGUUGGUGGACCUCGAACGACAGCUGAAGUUCCCCAGCCACAUUGUUGUCACCACCCUUCGACCAGACAUUGUCCUCGUGUCUGAAUCGACAAAGCAAGCUGUGCUGCUGGAGCUGACAGUCCCAUGGGAAGAUCGCAUGGAAGAAGCGUCAGAGAGGAAGCUUUCCAAGUAUGCGGGACUGGUCAGCGACUGUCAGCAGGCUGGAUGGAGAGCUAGGUGCCUCCCAGAGGAGGUUGGAUGUAGAGGAUUUGCAGCCCGUUACUUGGUCAGAGCCUUAAGUAGUUUAGGCAUCGAGAGAGUGCGGAAGAGGAGAGCCAUCCGCAACACCACCGAAGCGGCAGAGAGGGCCUCAAGAUGGCUGUGGCUCAAGAGAGAAGAACCAUGGACUAGUGGUAGCUAG